AUGUCGAAUGUAUCCUGGGUUAACUCAGUAUUGUUCCCCGCCGCCAUGUCGUCCGUCAUCGAUGAGCCCACGGGCCCCGUCAAGUCGCAUUCAAUAUUCCGCUCGGUUCCCUUCCAGAUCGUCGUCGCAUGCGGUGUUUCUUUCACGGCGCCGGGCAUGUGGGAUGCCCUGGGCGGACUCGGUGCAGGAGGAGCAGCAGAGCCGUACGCCGUAUCGGCCGCCAACGCCCUGGUCUACGGUCUCUUCGCCAUUGUGUGCGUGGCUGCAGGCGCCAUCAACAACCGCAUCGGCCUCAAGUACGGACUCGCGCUCGGAGCAAUCGGUUAUCCUCUUUACGGCGCCGGAUUGUAUACUAACAACAUACACUCGACGACCUGGUUCAUGCUGUUUGGCUCUGCACUGUGUGGCAUCUCAGCUGGUUUCUUCUGGGCCGCCGAAGCAGCAAUCAUCAUCGGAUAUCCGUCUCCCGGCGAUAGAGCCUUCUACCUCGCAGUAUGGCAGACCGCCAAAGCCGCAGGUCCCAUCGUAGGAGGCGCCAUCAACCUAGGACUGAACGCGAACCGCAAAACCGCUGGCUCCGUUUCCUCCUCCACCUAUAUCGUCUUCAUCGUCAUCAUGUGCCUUGGCCUUCCCAUAGCUCUCUGCCUCUCCCCCGCGCGCAAGGUCUGGCGCAAAGACGGCACCGCAGUCGUAACCUCCAUGGCGCCCACCUGGGCCGCAGAGUUCAAAGCCGUCGGCCGCCUCCUCAUCAGCCGCCGCAUCCUGCUCCUCCUCCCGGCCUUCUUCAUCAGCUACUUCUACAACGGCUUCAUGAGCACGUGGCUCACCACAUACUUCACCGUCCGCGCGCGCGCCUUCUCCAGUUUCUUCACUAACUUUGCGGGAAUCUUCAGCUCGUUCCUCAUCGCGUUUCUGCUGGACAACCAGAGGGUGCACAUCAAGACUCGGGGUCGCAUCGCUUUCGUCUCAAUCGUUACCAUCCUGGUGGGCACCUGGAUAUGGGCGUCUGUCCUGCAGAACGAGUUCUACAACAUGGCUGAGCCGCCUGUGCACGACUGGUUCACAGGCGGCUUCGGGAAGUCGUACGCGCUCGUCUUCUUCUGGCAGUUUGGCGGUCAGGCGUUCCAGCAGUUCCUGUACUGGCUGGUUGGCCAGUAUGCGACGGAUCUUUCCAAUCUUUCGCACCACACGGGUAUUCUGCGCGGGGUGGAGGCGCUGGGUCAGACGGUUGCCUGGGCCAUGCAAUCUGAGGGUAAUGCGAACCAUUUCGUGAGCAUUGGGCUGAACUUUGGGGUCACGUUGCUGUGCGUUGUGCCGACGUGGAUUAUCUUGAGCGAGUUGGAGGGGAGCCAUGAGAUCAAGGUUAUGGAGGAGGAGGUUGAGGGUGAUAUCGUGAAGGGCGGAGAUAAGCUGUAA